AUGGAUUUAACAUCGCCAUUCAAUUAUAAUGGUUCCAUUGCUAAUUGUACUAUUAAUCAAUCAAUUUUUAUCGCAUCAGAAAUCUAUGGAUUCACAAAUUCGUUCACUGUUGAAAACGACGAAUUCAUUUGUAUUGUCGGUAACAUUAUGAUAAGCAGUAAUGGUACGAUUGCUGCAUCUUCUGUGUUUCCAUACUAUAAGGAUUCAACAACCAUUCAAAAAUCAACUCAAUCAGUCAAUAAUCCUUUAUUUGUCUUACUGAAGCUUUCCUCGGUAUAUGUUUCUGAUAAAUCUAAAAUGUUGAUGCCAAUCACUAAAUUAACCUGCAAACAAACAAAUGAUGCGUGCAAUAUACAGAUCAUGACAAUCCCAUUUUCAUAUGCAUUCAAUAUAUCCGAUAAAACAAUAGCACAAAAAGCAUUAAUCUCAACGUCACCAGAAGGAAGUGCAAAUUUGCAGAAUUAUCAAAAUAGUUCAACUUCUUUUUCAACUGUAGCAUUAUUUGCACACAGUAAGAUGCGUAAAUUUGACUAUUCCAACGAUAAAAAUACUGAAUUUGUUUAUUAUGAUCAAUCAACAGAAAGUGGUGCUAUCACAAACCCUUCUGGAACCAUCUCAACUAGGAAAUCAUUAUUUGUUAAAUCAACUCCCACAAAAUCAGAAAAUAUGGACUCGAAACUAAGAAUUUCAUAUGAAAUUUCAACAGAAAGUACACAAGCUUCUGAUGAUUGGUUAUUCCCAACUAUUUUAGGUACUCUUUCAUAUGAAGGAGGAUUAUUUACACUUCAAAAUUACGAUCAAAACGAAAAAUUUGAUAAUUCUGUUGGAUAUACUAAUGCUCCUAUUGUUAUACCAGAUUACUGCUUUGAAACUCCAGAUAACUCAACAAAUACUACAAAUCAAGAUAAACCAACCGUGAAACCUGACAAAUUGGCAGAUAAAGAUAAAAAGGCUAUAAUAAUAGCUGGUGCUUCUGUUGGUUCAAUUGUUUUUGUUGUAAUUGUUGCUUCUCUUGCAUUUUUGAUUAUAAAUAAGAUCAAAAAGUCCAAGAAUGAUGAUACUGAUAUGCCUGACGAACAUUUAAACGCAACUGAUGAUGAGGUUCUUUAA